ACAAGCUUCAUUCAUUCAAAACUUCUCUCUUAUCUCAUCAUUUUCCACCAAAAACAUACCAAUAAUCAUAACAUCAACAAACUUAUAUACACUUGAAUAUAUUUGAUCAUAUACUGCUAGAUUCAUUACAUAAAAUUUACUCCUAGAACAGACAAACAAACAACAAGAUCAUGAUUUCUUCAUGGAGAAGGAAGAGAACGAGCCGAGGGGCGGCGGGGGGCGAGGGUGGCAACGGCGGCAAACGAAAACCGACGGAAUUGAUCGUUCCAAACCAUUUCCGGUGUCCGAUAUCGCUAGACAUGAUGAAAGAUCCGGUGACUUUAUCGACGGGAAUAUCGUACGACCGCGAAAGCAUAGAGAAAUGGAUUGAGGCAGGUAACAUAACAUGCCCUAUGACUAACCAAGUCUUAAGGACACUUGAGCCUAUCCCAAACCAUACCAUUCGUCGUAUGAUCCAAGAUUGGUGCGUCGAGAAUCGAUCACAAGGCGUCGAACGUAUCCCCACGCCACGGAUACCGAUUAGCUCGGACGAGGUCGGGUUUAUAUUGGAUCGGAUCUCGAUGGCGCGGACCCCACAAGAAGGUAGGGACCUAGUAGGGAAACUUAGCAAAGCUUUGAAGGAGAGUGAUAGGAACAAGAGGUGCAUUGUUGGGAAUGGGGCUAGUGUUAAGGUAUUGUCCCUUGCAUUCCAAUCUUUCGCCAAUAGCGAGGGCGAAACCGUCAUUUCUCUAUUGGAGGAUAUUAUGAGUGUUCUUACUUCUCUAACCCCCUUAUUAGACUCACACUCACAAACUGAGGGCGAAAUCGUCAUUUCACUAAAGGCACCCAGGUCGCUAGAGCGUUUAGUGUGGUUCCUAAAGGGUGGGUCCGGUUUAUCCGGGAUUCGUAACUCGGUUAUGAUCCUUAAAGAACUCGUUUCGACCCGUACCGAUCAUUCGAAAGUGGUUGAAUCAUUGGCUACAAUGGAAGGAGCUAUGGAAGGGUUAGUUAAGCUAGUGAAAGACCCAAUUUGUCCAGCUUCAACCAAAGCCUCUUUAGUCGUUAUAUAUCAUAUGAUCAUCUCAACACAUAACUUCUCUUCCAAGAAUAUAAUCAUAGAGAGGUUUAUAGACAUGGGUUUGGUGUCAUUAGUCCUAGACACUCUAGUAGAUGCUGAGAAGAGCGUUUGUGAGAAGGCACUCGGCGUCCUCGACGGGCUUAUUCGAACCGAUAAGGGCCGAGAGGCAGCGUACGGGCAAGCGCUAGCGAUACCGGUGGUGGUUAAGAAGAUACUUAGAGUCUCGGACUUAGCGACCGAGUUCUCGGUUUCGAUUCUUUGUAGGUUGUGUGAGAAUGAGAAAAGGGAGGAUGGUGGUGUUAUUGUUGAAGCUCUUCAAGUUGGUGCGUUUCAGAAAUUGUUGUUGAUUUUACAAGUAGGGUGGAAUGUUAAUGACAGGGUUAAGGAGAAGGUUACUAAAAUGUUGAAGCUCUUAAAUCUUUUUAGGAGUAAGGUUGAGUGCAUUGAAUCCAUGGAUUUUAAGGAUCUUAAGAGACCGUUUUAAUUGAUCAGUAGCGGGAGUCUUUUGCACUGAGUAUGUACAAACUUUAGUUACUUAGAUGAUAUACGUACUACACUUGAUAGCACAUUUUUUUGUAGUUGAUAGGGUUGUUUAUUACAUUAAUUAGUGAUUUUAGCAUGCAUUAGCAAAAAGCCAAUGUACAAAUUAUACAAAUGAAAGAUACGAUAUACCAUUCUUUUGUCAAUCAAUUAUCUGAGUAAACAUGUUUUCAAUCUCGAAUAA